UUACUCUCUUGCCACCGUUCCUUCCAUCUCUUUGUUCGCUGGGUUCGAACGAUUGUUACGAUCGAGCCGGUGCUCACGCCCAGCCUCGCCCGGUAGCCUCCCGCUCGCGACAUAACACACGCUUCGUCGGCUGCAACCGAAACGAGACCGGAACAUCGCACAACCAAGCGUAAUUAGAACCGAUACGAGUUAUCGGCCGGGACGUGGGAAAGGUCGAGUCUGACAGUACCUGCAACGGCCGCCUGCCUCGCAUGACGUCGUCAUCAGCAGAGCUUCCGGAUCGGGCCCGCCCCGUAGACGACGAGGACCAGACAACGCACCCAAUCGCAACGAGGAAGAGCGGCGAUGAGGUAGCACGCGAGAUGCGAGACGAGAUUAGCGGUCAUGGACGGCAACAACAGAACCAAGAUCGGCUCGACGAGCAGUCGCCGCUGCUGUCUCCGAGCUCCGGCUCGGGCGAAGACGAUGGCCUGAUGGACGGCCAGCCGGCGGUCGGGAGCGGUGACGAGCAUCAGAGAACUAAGAGCAUCUGGUACCUCAUCCUGCUGACCAUCAGCAUCGGCGGCCUUCAGAUUGCCUGGUCCGUCGAAAUGUCCAAUGGCUCGCCGUACCUGCUGUCACUGGGCCUCAGCAAGUCGCUAAUGGCUUUGGUGUGGAUCGCCGGGCCGCUAUCGGGUACUCUGGUGCAGCCGUACGUUGGCAUGUUGAGCGACAAUUGCCGCCUUCGGUGGGGGAAGCGAAAGCCCUUUAUGGUUGGGGGCACCGUUGCUACCAUAGCCUCCCUGAUGAUUCUUGCCUGGACCAAGGAGAUCGUCAGUGGCUUCCUCGGGUUAUUCGGGGCGGAUCCCGACUCGAACUUUGUCAAGUACUCGGUAAUUGUCACCGCCGUGCUCUGGGUCUACGUUCUUGACUUCGCCAUCAACACUGUGCAAGCAGCGAUUCGUGCAUUCAUCGUAGAUUGCGCCCCUACUCAUCAACAAGAGAGCGCAAAUGCUAUGGCUAGUCGUUUCGUCGGUAUUGGAAAUAUCGCCGGCUACCUCGCUGGGUACAUGGACCUACCGGCGGUCCUUUGGUUCUUCGGCAAUAGCCAGUUCAAGGAUCUUUGCGCCAUCGCGAGCAUUACUCUUGGUGCCACGGUGCUUCUGUCCUGCCUCCUCAUUCGCGAGAGGGACCCACGGCUUGAAGGACCUCCGGCCAAGGACAAGGCCGGGGUUCUCGCCUUCUUCAAGAAGAUCUUCGCCUCGAUCAAGAGGCUCCCACCGCAGACCAAGAAGGUCUGCCAGGUGCAGUUCUGUGCCUGGAUCGGCUUCUUCCCCAUGCUCUUUUACACUUCGGCGUAUAUUGGAGAGAUCUACGUCGAGCCGUACCUGGAGCAAAACCCCAACAUGACGCCCGAGGAACUCGACAAGCUCUACGAGGAUGCCACGCGAGAGGGGACUUUUGCGCUGCUCAUCUUUGCCAUCGUAAGCCUGGCCACGAACGUCUUCCUACCCUUCUUCAUCGCCCCGACUUAUGAGACGCAAGUUGGCGCGCUGGCACCCGGAGAGGCCCCAGGCUCCCUUGCAGAUUACAGCGAGGAGAAGAAGUCGUGGCUCCAGCACCUGAUCAUCCCCGGUUUUACUCUCCGUCGCGCGUGGAUGCUGUCUCAGAUCCUGUUCACAUGCAGUAUGCUCUGCACCGUGCUCGUGCGGAGCGUCACCGCCGCCACGGUCCUCAUCGGCCUGGUGGGCAUCACGUGGGCGUUGACCCUCUGGGCUCCCUGGGCCAUCAUCAGCGCCGAGAUCUCGCGCCGCGACGAGAUGCGCCGCGCCCAGUACGCCCAGCGCAACCGCAAUCUUUCCCCUAGCGGCCGCGGCGUCACAUCCCUCGAUGGAUACUCGUCGGACGAGAACCAGGACAGGGAGCUCAAGGACGAAGAGGAGGCCGACCAGGCAGGCGUGAUCCUGGGGAUCCACAACAUGGCCAUUGCCGCGCCGCAGAUCAUCGCCACCGUCACCAGCAGCAUCAUCUUCCGCUUCUUCCAGAAACCGCGCGGCGUGCCCGGGGACCACAGCAUUGCGAUCGUGCUUGCCCUGGGCGGCCUCACGGUGCUGAUCUCGGCUUACUUCAUCCACCGCAUCCGUGACGACCCGGGAGCGGGGCCCACGGAUAUGAUGAGUGCAGCCGAGGACGGCGAGGCGGGCAGCAGGCCCAGCACGUCGCAUAGUAUGUCACGGUCGUACGAGCAGCUGCCGCGGGCGAGUCUGGAGCGGGCGGCGCUGGCGAGAAGUAAGAGUUUUGGCGGGAGCGAGUAUUAAGGUGGGUUGGGAAGUGGAUAUAUAGUACAUCGUAGGGGUGUGCGAGAGGUACAGUAUGGGCCUGUCUGUAUAUUGGACGGUGCUCAGCCUUCAAGCUCCGAUUUAACGGG